GAGAGAGAGAGAGAGAGGAGGACAAAUUAAAGUUCAUUAACUAUGAACUUGAGUACAGAUAGCAAUGACAACUAAACAGAAUGACUGUAGCUCUUAGCUUGUAGGAGUGACUGUUUUUGGUGUAAAGUGCGAGGUAUAUUUCCAUUUGAAAAAUAAAAGUGCUGUAAAAACAUUCGACAAAAGGAGACAAAGGGUAAUAGGAACCAUGGAAAUACCUGACGUGGCCUCAGUUCAAAUACAGAGUCGGCCUGAGAUGUUUGAUUUUGAGGGUGUUUCUAUGACCAACCUCUUCACUGACAACUGGGAAAAUGUGAAGAACUUUCAGGCAAGACCGGAUGACAUACUGAUCGCCACUUACCCUAAAGCAGGCACCACCUGGGUUUCUUAUAUACUGGACCUUUUGUAUUUUGGUUGUGCUGAUUUAGAGCGCCAGACUUCCCAGCCUAUCUAUAUGAGAGUGCCAUUCUUGGAGUCAUGCUUUCAAAACUUUCCAUCAGGGGCUGAAAUGGCUGAUAAUCUGAAAACUUCUCCUCGCCUCAUUAAAACUCAUUUACCUGUUCAACUUGUGCCCAAGUCCUUUUGGGAACAGAACUCAAGGGUGGUGUACGUAGGCCGUAACGCAAAAGACAACGCUGUUUCCUACUUUCAUUUUGAUCGAAUGAACAUGGUACAGCCUGAACCGGGAGACUGGAACAACUUUUUACAGAGAUUUAUGGAAGGAAAGAAUGUGUUUGGUUCGUGGUUUGACCAUGUCAGUGGAUGGUGGGAAAAGAAACAGACCUAUUCUAACUUACUCUACUUGUUCUAUGAGGAUAUGGUUGAGGAUACAGGACGUGAGGUGGAACGUUUGUGCUCCUUCCUGGGAUUAUCAACUUCGGCUGAGGAGAGAGAGAAAAUAACAAAAGGAGUUCAUUUUGAUUCAAUGAAACAAAACAAAGUGACCAACCAUGCCACAAUCCCUUUCAUGGACUUUAAGAUUUCACCCUUCAUGCGUAAAGGUAAAGUUGGAGACUGGAAGACUCUCUUCACUGUGGCACAAGAUGAAAAGUUUGAUGAGGUCUACAAACAAAAGAUGAAGAAUUUCACUGUCAAGUUUCGGACAGAAAUUUAAAGAUUGUGUUGUGGACAUUGUUUCACAAUAGUCACGAAAUAAUUAAUAGUGCACAAGCUCAAUUCUCUGACAGGGACUGAUCUGACAAGUACUUUUCUUUCAAAAUAUUCAGGAUUUUUUCUUUAAAUGUGAGGAGGAAUAAACAGUAAGGAAUAGGAUAUUUAAAAUAAUCAAGUUAAAUUGUAAAAGCCUACAAUCUGACUGCACAUGGGUAACAUUCUUUGAUGUACUAGAAAUAAAGUUGAAAAGCAAUGAAUAUGAAGUGUGUCAUACAUGGAACUGAAUACUUCUGUUUACUGUUUAAAGAGAUAAAAGUUCACAAAGACUGGUCAGAAGGCUUUGCAAAAAAGUUUUUACGCACGCAUGCACGCACUCCGCUAAUAUUGUACUAACAGUUAGAAGCAUAGGUGUCAUUUACUCUGGGGACGCUGGGGACAUGUCCCCACCACUUUUUUAAAUGGCUGAUUUUGUCCCCACCACUUUUUGAAAGCAUUUGGUAAAAAUGUUCUGAAAAAUCAUUGUAAUCAUUGACUUAACGCGCUGCUGUUUUCUACAGUAUGGUGCUUUGGCACUGUUCGGUUGAGCUGCUGUUGCAGGGACUGUUUCAUGUGCAGUUGACAUUGUUGAGGGUAUUUUGUCCUUCGGAUGAGACAUUAAACCGAGGUCCUGACUCUCUGUGGUCAUUAAAAAUCCCAGGAUGUCCUUCGAAAAAGAGUAGGGGUGUGCCCCGGCAUCCUGGCCAAACUUGCCCAUUGGCCUACUAAUCAUCCCCUCAUACUAAUUGGCUAUAUUACUCUGUCUCCUCUCCACUAAUAAGCUGGUGUGUGGUGAGCGUUCUGGCGCAAUAUGGCUGCCGUCGCAUCAUCCAGGUGGAUGCUGCACAUUGGUGGUGGUUGAGGAGAUUCCCCCAUUCAUAUGUAAA